CAUAACCCAAACUCAAUCGGACAAAACCAAGGCUUGUGUACUCACUUUGUACCAGUGGCAACAAAAGUCUUAUCCAGGAGCAAGUGAGUCAACAAAAGAAAAACCGACAGAGGCACAUACUGCCAAGGGAUCAAMGGCACAACUACGCAUUUGUAUCAAUAUCAAAACAAAAACACAAAUUGCCACACCAUGACCGACAUAGACCCGGCGAUGCUGGAAAAGUUCCAGAAAUUCCAGGCGAUGCUCGCUGAUUCGCCGGAAAUUGUCGAGGCACUGAACAGUCCCGAGAUCCUGGCCAUGGCAGCACUGGCGGCAAAGAAGAACCAGGCCGGUCCGUCGGCAACGCCCGCUCCCGUUCCGGUGCCAAAGGCAGACGAUGCAGCACCGGCGGAACCGAGCUAUCCGAUGGUGGGCCACGGCGUUUCCGACGACGUUUCGGUCUUUAGCGAGAUGACGACACCGACGGUCAUGACGCGGCAGACGGUGGAGGAGGAGGAGUACUACCCCGAGAUCGAUGACUCGGGGGUAUCGUCUUCCGGCCUCGGGGGAGCCCCGCGUCGCAUCGGAAUGAAGAUCGGUGUGGCCGCCGAUGCGAACGGGGUCCUGCCUCCCCCACCGCCCAAGYCCAAGAACAGGGUGCGCAACCCACUCGUUGCGGCGCGCAGCCGGGGUCUCGCCAGGCCGGCGAAACAAAUGUCGAAAAUCAGCGAGCACACCACCAACACGAACGAGGGCUCGGUGAGUUCGGAGUCCACGGAACCCGAACUGAGACUGAAACGACCUUCCCUGGUUGCCAAGAAAUCCAACUGGAGGCCACGAACCGCCUCGUCGUCGGUAUUGGCAAGAUCGAGCAGCCAGGACAAACACCCGUUUGGCGGCAGCGUCAGUCCCACCAGAAGAACAAACACCAGCGGUUCCAAUGGUCGCGGUGUCGGCAGGAAUCGAAGCAUGCCARCGAACAUGAAACGUCCCGAGGCCAAGAAACCCGGCAGCUCUUCUCUUCACACUCCCAUCAAAACGGGAAGCUCUUCCCACCAUAGUCUAAAAACCGGUAGCUCUUCUUCUCACCAUAGUCGAAAAGGUGUAAGCGACGAGGGCAGCCAGGCUAGUUUCGAGGACGACGCCGAAAGCAGCAUCUCCCACGACGCCGUCGACCGUGCCGUAUCGGCCGCACUGAAGCCCAAGUCCGCUUCGAAGGUGACGCAGCCACCGCCCCGCACGAGCGAAAACCGGGGCCGCAGCCACGGCGGUGCGGCGAGGCAAUCCCGCGGACGAAGCGUGCCGCGCACGCGGCUCAAGAGCAGCAAUUCUGCCGGUGCCAGAACUCCGGCGACCAACUCGUCGUCGAAAAUAGAUCGCAUCAAGGCCAGGGGGAGAAGCGUGAGCCAAUCCCGGCGGCAAAGYGAAAGCCGGGCCCGGCAGAGAAGCGAGAGCCGAAACCGGCAACGAAGCGAAAGCCGAUCCAGGCAAAGAAGUGCUAGCCGAACCCGCCAAAGAAGCGAAAGUCGAAGCAGAAAACCUUCCAAGACAGCGUCUACGACACCGUCGACGGUCGAGAAGGAACCUGUCGCAAUACUUGUUUGGGACGACGAGAAAGAGGAGGACAACGAUAGCAAAGACAGCAACAGAGGCGAAUCAGCAGAGCCGGUGUUGGCUACUGACAACAAUCCGACGGAGGACAGCAGUGAAUCGCACAGUCGCCGUUCYUCCGUGAAGAUCCCUGCRGUCUUUCUUAAAUCCUCGAGCUCUGCGACUAGCAGUUAUAACUCUUCACGAUUUGGCAAGGGCACGAAUGGCAGCAUUAAAUCCAGCGCGAGCCUGUUUUCUCCAAAAUCAAAGAAGGCGAACGCAACCGUUGAAACCACCGAACCGAUUGUCAUAUCGGACGACGAAACGRGCUCGCCUACGCCAUCUUCCAACUCGAGAGAUCAUUCGCCGAGUCCAAGUCCAAAGCCAUCUAGYAGUAGAUCGAAUUCAGAGGAGCAAAAAAAAACGAACACAACUUCUACCGACGACGACGAAGAGGAAGACUACGUUCCCCGAAAGAUUCGAAAACCUGCGAAACAAGCCAAGCCGGUUGCGACAUCGACCGCAGAAAAGAUUUCCAAUGGGGACAAGGCUGCCGUGCCGAACCUGGAUCAUUUGAAGGCCUGCCUAACCCCGGUUGGAGAUGCGUUUUCGCGCCAGGCCGACCCCUCUAGGCCCGACGAUUGUCUGAUGGGAGAUGGCACUUUCGCAGCCACGCGCAAAAAGAAAGAAAAGAAGAGGUUUGGCGGAACCGGAAUCGAUCGAUCUGACGACUGGCUGGGGGGAUCCGGAAAGACCGCUAAGCGUACCUGGAAGGUGAAGGGCACGUAGGUUCUAACCAGCUAGUAAUUAGAAGAGGAUGCGGCCAAAAAACAUUACGUCGAGAGUGCCACCCAAUUAUGAAAAAAGGGAAGGGUACCGUGUCUAGCGCAAUCACUGUCGCACUGUUUAUAUUACUUAUAAUCCGAUAACGAUGAAAAUUUUGUCACGUUUCUAUGAAUCUCGUCAAAGGCAUUUCUCUAAUCUCCCGAUUGUAUAGUCUGUCAUUCCUAUAAAAUUAUGAAUUAAGU